AUGUGGCAGUUUUUUAUUACUAUUUCAGGUGACGAAAAGCUGGAUCUAGUGUUGUAUGAUCCGAUUGCCACAAAUGCCAUAGCGUACUACCAUUGUUUCACUCCAGAUUCGCUGGCCGUGUUGUCGGAUCUAUGUACCAAACGAUUAAAAUCUCAGGGCUGGUUGCUUAUUCUCUGUGAGGAGUCUGAAAAAGCGCCGCCUGGACCAUCGAUACCAAGUAGUCUGGGGUCGUUCCAACGUGUUCUGUCCUAUUUGGUUCCCGAAUCAAUGUUUGCCGAUCCCGGUACUCGUGUUGACAUUUUCCACUCGGACGCACUACAUGUAAAUGACGCUCGAGUCGAAUUGUUGACACGGUUGCAAAAGCACAAAACUGGAUGCAAUGAACAAGAAGAAACUUUUGAUGAAAUUAUGGACAUGUGCAAUCAUGUGGAAACAUUACUAAUUGACUUGGUCCAUUCUGCAUGA